GAUGUCUCUCUGGAAGGCAACCCUUGCUCGAAUUGCGUCUACCUUAUUGUCAAGAGACUGGACAUUGGAGAGUAGUGUUGAUAAUGGGAUAUGUAGAUAGGGCGAGUCGGUCAAGGAUCGAUUCGGACAAGGUGGUCAAUUAUAUGACAAGCGACAGUUUAUUCAGAGUAAAGAUAUCUGGUACAACGUAUACGGGCUCAUUCAUUUGGCCUCACAAAAGAACCAUCUGAAAGUCCCUGGCUUUUGAUUGGCCACAGUUGAGGUGUUGUCUUCUUGGAUUGGUCCUGUUGAGCCGUCCGUCGUUCCUCCGGGUCUCGUCGUGUCGUUCUCAGUCACACAAUGUUCGGCUAGGAAGGAGAUUUUGUGUGUGCGCUGGUUCCUGUCUCACACUGUUCAGCUAAAAGGGAGGAUUUUGGUGUGUGUGUAAAAGGGAGGAUUUUGGGGUGUGUGCUGGUUUGUUCCUGUUACUCAAGGUCGGGAGUGUCAGUGCAGCUGGUGUUUGUCACGAGAUAGUGUUAUCAGUGCUCAGUAGUAAGCCAGAGAGUUACAACAGCUUCAUUAUUAAUAAGGCUAAUAUAUUGCCAGGCAUGCAUCAAGCUAGAAUUUCAUAUUAUCCUUACAAAUAGUAGUAUACUCGGGAGCGGUGAGCGAUGUGCCCGUCUACGGAGCCUGACCAGAAGACCGAUCCAUCUGCACCUUCUGCAGCGCGUUGUUUUGGGUCGCCUACUGGAAUCCGAUCCAUUGUCCUGGGUGGUGGUCCAAACAGAGGAUCCGCUUCGGGAAAGUCGUAAAGUUGGACCUGAGCCCUAGGACCAUGCCCCAGGACUACCUGACAUGAUGACUCCUUGCUGUCCCCAGUCCACCUGGCCAUGCUGCUGCUCCAGUUUCAACUGUUCUGCCUUACUAUUAUUCAACCAUGCUGGUCAUUUAUGAACAUUUGAACAUCUUGGUCAUGUUCUGUUAUAAUCUCCACCCGGCACAGCCAGAAGAGGACUGGCCACCCCACAUAUGCUCUCUCUAAUUCUCUCUUUCUUUCUCUCUCUCGGAGGACCUGAGCCCUAGGACCGUGCCCCAGGACUACCUGACAUGAUGACUCCUUGCUGUCCCCAGUCCACCUGACUGUGCUGCUGCUCCAGUUUCAACUGUUCUGCCUUAUUAUUAUUUGACCAUGCUGGUCAUUUAUGAACAUUUGAACAUCUUGGUCAUGUUCUGUUAUAAUCUCUACCCGGCACAGCCAGAAGAGGACUGGCCACCCCACAUAGCCUGGUUCCUCUCUAGGUUUCUUCCUAGGUUUUGGCCUUUCUAGGGAGUUUUUCCUAGCCACCGUGCUUUUACACCUGCAUUGUUUGCUGUUUGGGGUUUUAGGCUGGGUUUCUGUACAGCACUUUGAGAUAUCAGCUGAUGUACGAAGGGCUAUAUAAAUACAUUUGAUUUGAUUUUGAUUUGAUGAUAAAAAUAUUGUGGGGGUGGUUUUGUUAGACUUCAGUGUGGCUUUUAAAAUCGUUCAUAGUCUGCUGCUGAAAUAACAUAUGAGCUAUGUCUUUACUCCCCCUGUUAUAUUGUGUAUAAAGAGUUAGUUGUCUUAACAGAACACAGAGGGUGUUCUUUAAUGGAAGCCUCUCCAACAUAAUCCAGGUAGAAUCAGGAAUUCCCCAGGGCAGCUGUCUUGGCCUCUUACUUUUUUUCAAUCUUUACUAACGACAUGCCACUGGCUUUGGGUAAAGCCAGAGUUUCUAUGUAUGCAGAUGACUCAACGCUAUACACAUCAGCUACUACAGUGACUGAAAUGACUGCAACAUUUAGCAAAGAACUCCAGUUAGUUUCAGAAUGGGUGGCAAGGAAUAAGUUAGUCCAACAUAUUUCAAAACUAAAAGUAUUGUAUUUGGGACAAAUCAUUCACUAUACCCUAAACCUCAACUUAAUCUUUCAAUGAAUAUUGUGGAAAUUGAGCAAGUUGAGGUGACUAAACUGCUUGGAGUAACCCUGGAUUGUAAACGGUCAUAGUCCAAAUACAACAGUAGCUAAAAUGGGGAGAAGUCUGUCCAUAAUAAUGCAUUGCCCUGCCUUUUUAACAAUACUAUCAACAAGGCAGUUCCCACUGAUAUAGAAUUUUGUAAUCAAUGUUCGUAAAUAUCAAUUAUCCUUAUAUGUCUGCAACCCAGAGUGUGUAAAGUUCUGAUUUAAAUGAAACAGACAGAAUUCCCAACUCACAAUUAGUCAAAUCCAAGUUUACUCGCGAGAGCUCUGCUGUGCGUAUACAAAUAUGUUCCUUUUAUACAUUCUUCCUUAUCUACACACACACUUGCAUACUAACAUUAGGAUUCUAUCACCACAGUUUAUUACCACUCAGCUGACAGUUCCAGUCCCCCCCCCAGAUAAGGGAAACCCGGAGGUGCUCUCCCUGUCCUAUCUCCCCAGAGUUAUAGCCGGGUCGGUUCAAACAUAGGUUAAGGAACCUCUUUGUUUUCUUUUGGCACACACAUACAUUUCUCUCUUCCCAGUCCAACCUAGUUGGACAAAUGUUUAUCAUCUUUAAUUACUCCUUGUCUAUGCGACAUAACCUCUAAUCCCUAAUGGUUAAGUUUCCGUGUAGAUUUAUUGAAUCAUUUAUCUUCAUCCUUUAUAAAUGAUUUAAACACCUACAGGCCCUAGUUUUGUCGCACCUGGACUACUGUUCAGCUGUCUGGUCAAGUGCCACAAAGAGGGACUUAGGAAAAUUACAAUAGUCUCAGAACAGGGCAGCACGGCUGGCCCUUGAAUGUGCACGUAGAGGUAACAUUAAUAAUAUCCAUGUAAAUCUCUCAUGGCUCAAAGUGGAGGACAGAUUGACUUCAUCGCUACUUGUUUUUGUAAGAAGUGUUGACAAGCUGAAUGCAUCGAGCUGUCUGUUUAAACUACUAGCACACAGCCCGGACAGCCAUUGAUACCCCAUAAGACAUGCCACUAGAGGUCUCUUAAACAAUCCCCAAGUCCAGAACAGACUAUGGAAGGUGCACAGUGCUACAUAGAGCCAUGACGACAUGGAACUCUAUUCCAUAUCAGGUAACUGAUGCAAUCAGAUUUAAACAGACAAAAAUACACCUUAUGGAGCAGUGAGUACUGAGGAUUGACACACACAGGCACCGACACACGCAUAUGCACACAAAGGCUAGCACAUGCACUCUACACGCACGUACAUUGUAAUAUUGUUGUAUGGUGGUAUUACACAUUUUGUAUUGUAUAUAUGUAGUGGUGUAAUAAUGUUAUAUGAUGUAAUGUUUUAUAUUUUGUUUUAUGUGUGAUGUAAGUGCCUUAAUGUGUUUGGACCCCAGGAAGAGUAGCUGCUGCUGCUGCUGCUGCUGCCAAAUACAAACCAUUUUUAAAACCAAGAUAAUCUACAAACCAGAUGGUUACUGGGUCCAAACAUGUUAAUAAACCAGGAUGGAAUGGAAACUAUGAAUCAUACCUUAUCACCACCCGCUGUGCUCUCAUCGGAGAAGUUACAAAUCGAAAAACAGGCAGGUCACUAACCAGCCAUUCAGGUCAUUAAGGUACUUAUAGGUCAGAAGGUCAAUAUCUGUUAUAAUUAGUUCAUGACUGGGGACAGUCUGUUUACAGUGCCAUCCUUUUUAUUGUAAAACAGUUGUAAUCAUUUCUAAAUACCACAAUCAAUUAAAGUUUAUCAUUAUGCGGUAAUGUUAUUACUAAGACAGACUGGAAUUCCCAGUCUUACCUGCCAUGAGUAGCAGGUCAAAUUAAAUUGUAACGGCAGAUCUAAGGAUCGGACCAAGAUGCAGCGUGGUAAGUGUCCAUAAUGUUUUUAAUAAAGACAAAUGAACACUCGAACAAAAAACAAUAACGUGAAAUCUACAAAAAACGAAACAGUACCAUGUGGCGACAAACACACACAUGGAAACAAACACCCACAAACCAACAGUGAAACCCAGGCUACCUAAGUAUGAUUCUCAAUCAGAGACUAACGACACCUGCCUCUGAUUGAGAACCAUACUAGCCCGAAACAGAAACCAAACAUAGAAAAACAAACAUAGACUGCCCACCCCAACUCACACCCUGACCAUACUAAAUAAAGACAAAACAAAGGAAAUAAAGAUCAGAACGUGACCAAAAUUGUAUUGGUCACAUACAAAUGGUUAGCAGAUGUUAUUGUAGCAAAAUGCUUGUGCUUCUAGUUCCGACAGUACAGGAAUAUCUAACAAGUACUCUAAGAAUUCCACACCAACUACCUAAUACACACAAAUCUAAUUAAAGGGAUGGAAUAAGAAUAUGUACAUAUAAAUACAUGGAUGGGCCAUGACCGACAGGCAUAGACCAGAUGCAAUAGGAGGUAUAAAAUACAGUAUAUACAUCUGAGAUGAGUAGUGCAAGAUAUGUAAACAUCAUUAUUAAAGUGGAAUUAAUAUAGUGACUAGUGAUCCAAUGAUUUCAAGUCUGUAUGUAGGCAGCAGCCACUUUGUGUUAGUGAUGGCUGUUAAUACAGUCUGAUGGCCUUGAGAUAGAAGCUGUUUUUCAGUCUCUCGGUCCCAGCUUUCAUGCACCUGUACUGACCUCGCCUUCUGGAUGAUAGCAGGGUGAACAAGCAGUGGCUCGGGUGGUUGUUGUCCUUGAUGAUCUUUUUGGCCUUCCUGUGACAUCGGGUGGUGUAGGUGUCCUGGAGGGCAGGUAGUUUGCCCCCGGUGAAGCAGUGUGCAGACCGCUCCACCCUCUGGAAAGCCCUGUGGUUGUGGGCGGUGCAGUUGCUGUACCAGGCGGUGCAGUUGCUGUACCAGGCGGUGAUACAGCCCGACAGGUUGCUCUCAAUUGUGCAUCUGUAGAAGUUUGUGGGGUUUUGGUGACUAGCCAAAUUUCUUCAGCCUCCUGAGGUUUCAGUUUCAGUUACAAUACAGACUGGCAGUAAGUGGUCUUUCAAAAAGAGCAUCACACAAAUAGAUUUUGCUUUAGGUAAUGAGACACUCCACUAUUCCGUAUUUUAUGAGCUAAAAAUCCAUGUUUUGUAAAUCACAUAGGAUUCUAACAUUUCAGUUAGUUUUUUUUUUCACUUUUUAAAAAAUGUGUAUUUUUAUUUUACCUUUAUUUAACUAGGCAAGUCAGUUAAGAACAAAUUCUUAUUUUCAAUGACGGCCUAGAAACAGUGGGUUAACUGCCUUGUUCAGGGGUAGAACAACAGAUUUUUACCUUGUCAGCUCGCCAAUUCUGUUACAUUUUCUGUUACAUCUUUUUGAAUGAACAGUUUAAAAAUAUAGUUCUAAUGCCUAAUCACCUAAAACAAGAGUCAGUUCCAUCAGUCAAGGGUAUAUUGUCUGAGCUCAUAGACCAUUAUAUACCCACAACAACCUCUAAUCACCAGGCCUUUUCAUUUAUAUUUUACCUUUAUUUAACUAGGCAAGUCAGUUAAGAAUAAAUUAUUAUUUACAAUGAUGGCCUAGGAACAGUGGGUUGUCUGGGAACUGCCUUGUUCAGGGGCAGAAUGACAGAUUUUUACCUUGGCAGCUCAGGAAUUCAAUCUAGCAACCUUUCGGUUACUGGCCCAAUGCGUUAACCACUAGGCUACCUGCCACCCCUGGCUGGGAUGAGACCAUCCACUCUCCAGCUGCUUAUCAGUUUCUGACAGGUGGCAUCAUACAGUAAUGUUCUAACUGUAAUAAUAAUUGCCAUGUGGGCAUUUAAGACAAUGGUCAUUUAAGGUCCAUUGGCAUUUCCUUAUGGGCAAUUUUAAGGGGGUCUUCUAAGAACUUGUCUGGUUAAAUAAAUAAAUGAGUUAAUGAAUGAAUAUAAACUAACUGUACUUUCUUAAUGAUCAUUUUUUUGUUUGUAAAAUGCCACUUUACAGCAGUAACGUAUUGUGGAGUGGCACCUUUCCACUCCACGCCAGAUGGUGGCAGUGUAUGCACGUGUCAUUACCUAUUUCGUGUUGUCACUAAGGAAGUGCGAAGCAGCCGGCGUUUGUAUUUCAAACAUGGCGCUGCCCGGUUCAGUACUCGUGCGACUCAGAGCGUUGUGUAACCUUGGAAAAUCUUUGGAUACAGGGAACACAAUUGGACACAAUUACAAUCGGGUCCGGUGGUACAAGACAAAAGCCAAAAGCAAUCAGGACACUGCAGCGUCAGCGGGCCAGACAAGACGGGGUAGUGAGCUGCUGAAAGAGUUCCCUGAACCGAAGAGCCUGCUGUUUACCACCAUAUCCCGGUCGCUUGGGGUGUCUGACCUCUCCCAACACAUCCAGUACCAUUGCACAGAGGAUGGGGGUCUCAAGAGAGCCACUGUCACACUCCUCUGGCCCAGCAAGAUGGAGGUGGAGGGCUUUGCUCGCAAGAAGAUUGAUGCUGAACGAUACGCUGCUGCUGCUGCCUGUCACAAGCUGAGGGAGAUGGGUGUGCUGGGUCCAGACAAUCAGGUGGCCAGGAGGAGUGUGGGACGAGGGCGAGGACCACCACUGUCAGCCUUACAGGACCUGGAGGAGUGUCGGUGGACAGAUGUCCAUGUGCCUAGAAGAGACCUCCAGAAUGGAUCCUUGGAACCUUGCAUACAAUCAAGUGUAUACAGGGCACCUGAGGAGAAUUCUGAGCUCUCCCAGGCUCUUUCCAUGUUCGUAAAUCCUAAAGCUCUGCUGACCAGGGUCAUCCAGGUGGCCACGUCCUCCAACAGAUUCAGGGAGCUGGUACAGUACAAGACAGUGGGUGGUAAGAUGAAGAGAUGUGAGCUGACCAUGCGAUGGCCAGAGGAGAUUACGUUUGUGGCCUCUGCUCUUCGCAGAGUCGAGGCAGAGAGGAGAGCUGCUGCUCUGGCCUGUCUCAAACUGAAGCAAAUGGAGCUGCUAGAUGAGGACAACCAACCUCUGACCCAUGCUAAGUACCACAAGGAGGAGAUGCGUGAGGCGGGGCAGAGAGACAGACAGCCCUGCCAUCUGGAGAUACCCGAGUACUUGGAGCAUAGUACCAGAGAAUACCUCACACAGUAUCCAGUGGCGACAGAGAUGCAGAAGCUGUGGGAGGAGGAGGAGGAGAGAAGCCAGCAAAGGUUGAACCAGCAGGACGAAGAGGAGGAAGAGGACCUCGUCACAGACGCCAUCACAGGCAGGCCAUACCGGCCCCUCUCUACCCAGGAGGCCGAGCAGCUGAGCUCCGACCUACAGGAGGAGUGGGAGAGGGCAGGGCCUGGCCUGGGGGUGGAGCUCCCGGUCGACGCCCACCGGGAACGUGUUGUGUCAGCGGUGGAGUCCUCCAGGGUCAUCGUGGUUGCUGGGGAGACGGGAUGUGGCAAGACAACGCGUAUCCCGCGCUUCCUUCUGGAGGGGCGUGUGCGGGGCGGGGAUGGAGCGGAGUGUAACAUCUUGGUCACCCAACCUCGGAGGAUUAGCGCUGUGUCAGUGGCUCACCGUGUUGCCCACGAGAUGGGCCCCGCCCUCAAACGCUCUGUAGGGUAUCAGGUGCGUCUGGAGAGCCGUCCCCCGGAGCACAGCGGUGGGGCCCUUCUCUUCCUGACGGUGGGGGUGUUACUGAGGAAGCUGCAGGGUAACGCCUCCCUGAGGGGGGUUAGCCAUGUGGUGGUGGAUGAGGUCCACGAGAGGGACGUCAAUACGGACCUGCUGCUGGCCCUGCUGCGACCCGCUCUAAGGGACAACCCCAACCUCCGUGUCGUGCUGAUGAGCGCCACAGGGGAUAACCAGAGGCUGGCCCAGUACUUCGGGGGCUGCCCCGUGGUCAGUGUUCCCGGGUUCAUGCACCCUGUCAGGGAUCGGUACCUGGAGGAGGUCCUUAGGGAGAUGGGGAGACCACCGCUACCACCGGCAAGGACAGACCUGCAGGGACGGGAGAAGGAUGAUGCCACGCCAGACCUGGACCUAGUAGCUAAUGUGAUAGAGCACAUCCACAGACAGGGAGAGCCAGGUGCAGUGCUGUGUUUCCUACCAGGUUGGCAGGACAUUAAGGCCGUCCAGAAGAGACUAGAGGAGAAGCCAACCUUCCAGUCUGGCUCUCAAAUGAUCCUACCAUUACACUCAAGUAUGUCGGUGGGUGACCAGCAGACCGUGUUCCAGCGCCCUCCUGAGGGCCGGAGGAAGAUCGUCCUGGCCACCAACAUCGCUGAGACCUCUAUCACCAUCGACGACAUUGUUCACGUAGUAAACGCGGGCUCUCAGAAGGAGCAGAACUACGACACACGGACCAAGGUGUCAUGUCUAGACACAGUCUGGAUCUCGCGCUCCAACGUCACUCAGCGUAGAGGGAGGGCGGGGCGAUGCCAGCCCGGACAUGCCUACCACCUGUUCCCACGGCAACGCCUGGAAUCAAUGACGACCUUCCCUGUGCCUGAGAUCCUACGCACCCCUCUGGAGAGCCUGGUGGUACAGGCCAAGAUCCACAGCCCCCACUGCAAGGCAGUGGAUUUCUUAUCGCAGGUGUUGGACAGCCCAGAGCGAGAGGCUGUGACCGAUGCUGUUCGCAACCUGCAAGAGAUUGGUGUUCUGGACAAGACAGAGGCCCUGACUCCCCUGGGGGAGAGAGUAGCCUGUCUGUCCUGUGACCCGCGCCUGGGGAAGGUGCUGGUGCUUGCUGCUCUGUUCCGCUGUGUUCUGCCCCUGCUGUCAGUCACAGCCUGUCUCACCAGAGACCCUUUCCACAACAGCAUGCAGAACAGAGCCCUGGUCGCUAAGGCUAAGGAAGACCUGGGAGGUUCAAGCUACAGUGAUUACCUGGUGUUCAGUCGAGCCGUGUUGGGCUGGAGGAGUGUUCAGCAAGAGAGGGACAGAGAGACCAGACAGGACUACUUGAACAGAUACACACUGUCUGGAGCCGGCCUGCGCUUCAUCAAUGGUCUGACUUCCCAGUUCAGUGAGAACCUCCUUGAGGCUGGGCUGGUGGAGCGUUCAGCUGACUGCCAGAGAUCCUCCUCCCUCUACAACCAACACAGCCACCAGGACGAGCUGGUCAAGGCUGUGCUGCUGGCCGGACUCUACCCCAACCUCAUACAGGUGAAAAGGGGAGCAGUGACCAAAGGUCGCUUCCGCCCCAACAGCCUGUCCUUCCGUACGCAGAGUGGCCCAGUGCUCAUACACCGCUCCUCCGUCAACAGGGGAGAGGAGCAGUUCCCCAGUCGCUGGCUGACCUUCUUCAGUGCAAUCAAGUCCAACGGUAACGUCUUUAUCAGAGACUCCUCAGCAGCCCACCCCCUCGCCCUACUGCUGCUCACCGACUGUGACAUCACUGAGAGAGUGAAUGGUGACCGUGUGGAGGUGGCGUUCCCGGGGCGGUCGCUGGUACGCUGUGAGCUGUCUGUCCAGACAUGGGAGCUGCUGUGGGAGCUACGCUCCUCCAUCCAGACCAUGCUGUACCGCAACCUCCGCCCACACAGCUCAGCCAAUUACAUCACACAGGAUGGCAAGCUCAUCUCGCUAUUGGUGGAGCUGCUGAACAAUACUGAGUCCAAUACAGAUGCCCAGCCAAACGGUGGCCACAGUGACUCUGAAGUAGACUGAUUCACUCGCAUUGGAAUAAAGGAAUGUCAAAGCACUGUGGAUGGAGUACUGCUUUGUGACCUGAAAAAACUCUGGCUGUAGCAAGAGUCCAUAGAUUUUUCUGGUCAGGAAAAAAGUACCAAAGCAACAUGCUCGGGGCACGGUCUGCUGACAAAUCUGAGAAGACAUGUAAUAUCGGUUAACUGUACAAUACUAUCCAUAGUUCACUACCCAUUCUAAAUGUCUUUCUCGUCACCUGAGAUAUACAGAGAAAUAAUGAGAACAUUUUUGAAAAUAUAGAUGAAUGGGAACACUGAGUUUACAAUGGAGUUCAGGAAAAUACAUCAUGCCCUGAAGGUUUGACUCUUAAACUAUAUUUCAAGAGCCCCAUUUAAAUAGGAGUGAACUCAUGGUACUGUAAAUACUACUGUGAUUGCUCUCUAUAUGGGAGGAAAUCCAUUUAUUUGACUAUAUUAUGGACUCAAGUAUAUAUUUAGUUUUUUGAAAAGCAGAAGUUGAAUGAAUCUGACUGUUAAUGAGUGUCUAGUGACCUGUGCACUACAGCGAGACGGUGUCAAGAUGACAAAAUAAUGAUUACAUGAAUGUAUUGUUAACCAUUAUUUUUUAUUUAAAUAUGAUCUGUUGAAAGAUAAAGAUGUUAAACAAUGUUA